AUGGGACGUCAACAAGCGGCUCUGCAGGCCUUCAACUUUGGCCAAUUCAUAAGACAAAAAGGCCUUCAAAUGGAUACCUUCUUUUGCAACAAUGUCCUGCAAGCCUGUUCCUCCACCCAGCGAUGGGACCUGCCACUGGCUGUUCUCGAAACCAUGCUCCACUCGGGCCCCUCUCCAGACAUCGCCAGCUUCGGCGCCACGGUGCACGCCUUGGCCACCAGCGGCCGCUGGCGCCAGGCCCUGGCCGUGGCCGACCACGUCGUGCUUAACGAGGUGAUCUGCGGCGCCCUGGUGGCGGCCUGCGAGAAAGCGGCGCAGUGGGAGGUUGCCUUGGACCUUCUUAGAUCCAUGAAAGGUGCUUCGGGUGCUUCGGUGCAGCCGAAUGUGGUCAUCUACAGCUCCGCCAUCUCGGCCUGCGAGAAAGGCGGUGAAUGGCGCGCCGCACUGGGCGUCUUGAAGGAACUUGGGGAUGAGAUGCUGCAAGCAGAUCUCAUUGCCUACAGCGCCAGCAUCAGCGCUUGCGCCCGCGGUGGUCAUUGGCAGCAGGCCUUGCAGCUGAUGGCUGAGAUGAACUCGAUUGAACUGCUGCCAAACAUUGUGAUCUACAAUGCUGCUCUGGAUGCCUUGGCGCACGAGCCACAGAACUGGACCUUGGCCUUCCAGCUGCUGCGUUCCUUGCGCUCGGCGACUUUCCGACCGCAGCUGGAGAGCUACAGCUGUGCCCUGCGAGCCAUGGGGCCCCAGAGGUGGCAGCAGAGCUUGGCACUGUGGACAGAGAUGCUGGCAGACGGUAUCCAGGCAGAUGCCAUUGCUUUCGGCGCCAUGCUCGAUGUCGAGAUGGGCAGUUGGCAGAUCUCUUUGUGGCUCCUGAAGCAAAUGGAAGAGCAUCACAUGAGGCCGGACGCCGUGGCGAUGGCGGCGGUGUUGCGAAGCUGUGAGGGCAAGCAGCAGCUGCAGCUCUUGGAGAUGCUACAAGAUGAGGACAUCAUUGUUGGAGCUGCAGAGGAUUCGGAGUUCCUUGGAUCCGGGAACUGGUCCUUCGCUGCGGCAAUGUACUGCGGCCUGGGGCCUGAGGAUGUGUCCGGCGAAGCCUUGAGGCUUCUACAAGGGAUGCGCGAGGAGGGGCCAAUGCCAGAUGCCUUUUGUUGCAACAGCGUGAUCAAGGCCUGCAGCAGCCUAAAGCAGCAGCUGCGGGUCUUCGAAGACAUGCAAAGGCAGGGCCCUUCCCCGGAUGUUGCCACGCAUGGAGCGUUGAUGACUGCUUUGGGUCGCGAACAUCACUGGGAGAAAUGUGUGGCGAUGCUGGAGGAGAUGAUCUCCCAGCACUUGGAAUCGAAUGUCAUCGUGUGCGCUGACUUCACGUGUGGUGACCUCACUUGA